CCCAAAACUAGUGUUACUCUCUGUUAAACACACGCACUCUCACUUCCGUUGGAAAAUGUCCCAAAGGAAAGAAGAACGAGGAGCGAUCCUCCGACGCAGGACGAAGCGUGAUGAUCUCCCAGACGAAAUCGUGUUGGAAAUCUUAGCAAGGUUACCUGUGAAAUCUCUCCUAAGAUUCAGGUGCGUUUGCAAACCCUGGUACUCUUCCAUAGCCAAACCCAGUUUCAUCUCUACCCACCAUCUUAAUCACAGUCAUCACGGUUAUGUCAUACACAUUCCUAGGAGUAUUCCUGCACCUUCUUCUUCUCUCGCUUGCGACGGCGCAUUUGAAACGAUACCCGAGUUUAGAGUUCCCUUCACUUUUCAAUCUCAGUUUUCCCGCUUUGUGGGUUCAUGUAAUGGCAUGUUGUGUUUCACUGGUCAUGGAUCAAAGUUUAAUGAUGUUUACUUGUGGAACCCCAGUAUUAGAAAAUUUAAGAGGUUGCCCAAUAACCAGUUUCCUCUUCUGACAUUCGGAAUUGGGUAUGAUUCCCAGAAUAAUGACUUCAAGCUUGUUGGGAUUUCACAGGCUUUUGCCAAUCCUAAGCCUCCCCCUGAGGCUGAGGUGUUCUCGUUGAGCUCGGAUUCAUGGAAAAGAGUUGAACUUGGAAUCUCGCUGAGACCCAAUCUUGUGUACUGCAAUUUUAUUGAUUAUUUGCCAUCACCGUUUGUUAGUGGACAUUUGCAUUGGAUGUUUAAAUUUUUAGAUGAUGGAGGUGGGCAAGGGAGGCGUUGUGCUGAUUUGCUUUUGUCAUUUGAUGUCAGUAGUGAGAAAUUCAAUGAGGUACCACUGCCUAAUGAAGGAAGUUGUUUUACGAGAUGUGUUACGUCAUUCAAGGGGAAGCUGGCUUUGAUUGAAAUUAGAAGUGGUGCCCAACCAUUUAGCAAGCUAUGCUCCAUUUGGGUGAUGAGAGAGUAUGGUGUGAUUGAUUCCUGGAAUAAACUUAGUGUUCUAUCAAUUGGAAAUCUUCAUGGUUUCAUUGGUUUCACCGAGUAUGGCUUACAUCUAGUUCAAAAAGGGCCUCGGCUGGUCUCUACCAACAGUAAAUUAAAGAGGAAACAUAAGUAUGUUUUAAUUGACCCCGAAACUCUACAUGAGAAGGAGAUUAGCACUCAAGCUGAUUAUUGUUUAGAGGUAGCAACUUACAUGGAGAACCUUGCUUUACUAGAUGGAAGAAAUGUGGUAUCUUACUAAGAAGAUGGUGCUAUGUGUAUAAGAAGUGAUGUCAUUACAGCUAUGGAUGAAUUGAAAUCCUUGUCAUGCUUUUACUUGUAGCAAUAGGCAUGUUAAUAUUGUUAAAACCAUAAUUUUCUUCCCGGAUUUAUAUGAUUCUUUUAUGGGUGUCGCUGUUAUA